AUGGAGGCCCUUCUGCUCGUUCUUUGCGCCGUGGUGGCUGGCCUGCUUUGCCCUGCGAGGACGGCGGCAGAGCCCACCACCACCCUGACAGGCUCAGAUAUCCCUACGUCCAUCUCGAUACACACUGGAACACCCACCGGUUCGAGUGUGCCGUCCCUGUCGAGCUUCUCGAGCAGCUCGGCGAACUCGUCGGACAGCUUCUAUACCACUACCUCGGACAGCUACACCUUGCUGGUCGGCAGCCACACCACGAGCACCGUGACUGCAAACGAGACCACGCUCUCUGGAAACGCUACGGCGACAGAGACGUCGAGAGAGCCCCAGCCGACGAACACUCGGCCGUGCAACGGGUAUGCAGAGUUCUGUGCCCGCAGCUACGGCAACAUCACCCAGGUGGUUGCUCACAACAGCCCCUUUGUGCGGCCGGGCAACAUCGCCAGCAACCAGGAGCUGGACGUCGUCACCCAGCUCAACGAUGGGAUCCGGAUGCUCCAGUUCCAGACGCACAUGUUGAAUGGGACCCUCUAUCUCUGCCACAGCUCGUGCGAUCUGCUCAACGCCGGCACCCUGGAGAGCUACCUGAAAAAAGUGACAGACUGGCUCAAAGCCAACCCUUACGAUGUAGUCUCCCUUCUCAUCGGCAACGGGGACUUCGUCAAGGUGACAGACUUCACCAAACCGAUCCAGAGCUCAGGCCUGAUAGACCUUGUCUACACGCCCAAGCAGCCAUCCCCAGACCGGGACGACUGGCCUACGCUGUCCGAGAUCAUCCUGUCCGGUAAGAGGGCGGUGGUCUUUAUGGACUACGAAGCCAACCAUAACGAGGUCCCUUAUAUCCUGGACGAGUUCACGUACAUCUGGGAGACCCCCUUCUCGCCGACAGACCGGAAUUUCCCCUGCGUGGUCCAACGGCCGCCCGGCCUCAACGAAGCUGACGCCAGAAAACGCAUGUACAUGGCCAACCACAACCUCAAUCUCGAGAUCAGUAUUGCCGGGGCCACCAUCCUCGUGCCCAACACUGUCCUCCUGAACGAGACCAACGCUGUCUCUGGCUACGGCAGCCUGGGAGCCAUGGCCGGUAACUGCACAGAGAAAUGGGAUCGUCCGCCCAACUUCCUCCUGGUCGACUAUUACAACGUAGGCAACGUCAACGGCUCCGUCUUGCAGGUCGCUGCCGAGCUCAACAACGUUACGUACAACGGCAAGUGCUGCGGCCGAGCCACGUCUCUCGCCUCGGGGUCUCUCCUUGCUCGUCUAUCUGGCAGCCUCGAGACGAUGUACGCGGUGAUCAUGAUCAACAUCCUCGUCAUGGCGAUACUAUGA